AUGGCUGAACAAAUAGAUGAUAAGAAAUAGCAAGAAUAAUUAACCGUUUGUUAAAGAUUAAAUAUAGAUAGAACAAAACUUGAGAAACCUCAUAUUGCAAACCCUUUUCCAUACUCGAGAAAACUGGAGCCAGGAAAAGAAUAUUUGUUUUGCACCUGUGGGCUUUCGACAUAAUAACCUUUUUGUGACUAAAAAGAGUGUAUUGGAUGCAAAUUUCAGCCAUUAAAAUUUAUUGCAAAAAAUUAAACAAUAUCUCUUCUUUGUGGAUGCAAACGAAACAGUUAAAAGGCUGGUCCUUAUUGUGAUGGUUCUCAUUCAAAUCUUGAUUGGUGA